AUGAUUACGAAGGAUUAUUGGGUAAUGGGUGAGGAUAAUGUGGGCAAUGAGCAAUGGGCAAUGUGCAAUCGUACCGGAAUGACAACACAAACUAUUAAACUUUUUUGCAUUCUUGAGGACAUUUCUUCGGCAUUUCCUGUCAAGCUGGAUGUUGAGGAUACUAUUACGAUUCCUGAUCAGGGCAUUUAUGUCAAUCUCGGCAAGAUUGAUUCUCCAAUACCUCUCACUAAAGGAACUACCGAAAUCACUGAGGUCCCUGGCGCAGCACCAGCUAAGGAAACAAUUCAUGUCAUCUUUCAACGUUUAUCGGCAGUAUUGACGGCUUUCCUUCGUUCCCAUAAGUGUAAUGAGAGGAAUCGAACCAACAUUGCGAUUCAUCGCUCAUACUAAUUAAUUAUUCAAAC